AUGCAAACCUUGCUCAGUCAUGGAGAAUCCUUCACCUGUAGCGGACCACAUUACGACAGAGUGAAAGAAUUGCAGGAAUUCGACAAGACCAAGGCUGGAGUCAAAGGCCUCGUGGACUCUGGUGUGACCAAGAUCCCUAGGAUCUUCGUCCACCCGCCCGAGAACUUGCACGGUUUGUCAUCCGACGCGAACCGGACCGGCCUCCAGAUAAUCAAUCACGGGAUUCCGCUUGAUGUGAUAGACAACAUGUUGGACGGUGUGAAGAAGUUUCAUGAGCAACAAGUGGAAGUGAAGAAAGAGCUGUACUCUAGAGAUCGUACAAAGAGAGUGAGGUACUUUUGCUGGGGAAACUUGUUCCUGAUGUAG